GCAGCACGUCGCCCAUUCGGUUGCCAUCUCACUGACAUUUAUCACCGGAACUAUCUCGAUCGCUGCUACCUCAAGCUGCCGGCAGAUAUCAGCUGAGCAUUCCGUGCAAAAAUCUCCUUUUAAACUAGAGUCCUGGAAAGAUGGGUUCCAGAGGCAUGGGAAAAGAAUAGGAGAUUUUUAUGGGGGCCCAGCUUAGAAAAUCGUGAUCUGCACUGGACAAUGACUUGAUGGGAAAUUUUGGACCAGAAAAUGACUGAUUACAGGGAAGAUGGUAUGGAUUUGGGAAGUGACCCUUGUAGCCGAGCAAGUUCCGAAUCAAGCUCCAACAAAGUGACACCAUGUUCUGAGUACAAAUCCUCACCGAGUCUGGAUCUUGCCACAUUGGGGGACUAUGAGGAAGAUGAGGAUUAUCAAGAAUAUAAAAAGAAGGUGAUAGAAGAGUGGGAAAAUGAAUAUGGUGACUACUCUGAGAACAAUGGCUUUGUUAAAGCAUCUAGCAGGAGUUUAGCACAGGAAUUUCAAGAAGUUAAGGUCAUCCCACCAGUACCUUCGAUUGUUACUACAGGUGAAAUGAAACAAAAUGGCAAUAUAGCUCCAACUAAACGCAGUGGAAAAGAAAAUAAGACUCUUCCAAAGCUACAGAAGGCAUUGCAAAUAACGAGUGGCAGCGUGGCCAUGAAGCAGUUGGAGACCUCGGGGACUUUUGUUACAGAAGAAGCACAGCUUCCAACCAUGGAUUGGGAGGCCCUAGAGAAGCAUCUUGCAGGUUUACAGUUUCAAGAGCAAGAAGCACAAAACCAAAACCAGAGCCAGACAAAAACAAACUUCACAUCACACGCAGAUGAGAUGGCUGUUGUUCAGUGUCCUUAA